AGCUGCGCCGCGCUUCAGUGAGUGUCGGGGAAAGAUUGGCACAGCGUUAUUCAUUUCCUGUCUCAGUCUGCUUGUUCCUCUGCCAUUCUCGACUAAGUGUCCGCUCGAUAGGAUUCAUUCCUCUGCUCCUAUCGCACCUCUGCCAUGGCGGAUCUGAGCAACAUCCUCGCUGCUCUGGCAUCCCAGAGACAAGGCGCCACGCCCUCGCAACCUCCACCGCCGCCUUUGCCUGGAGCGCCCUACCCUCCGCCUCAGUAUGCCGCCCCUCCCGGCAGCGCGCCGCCAUAUGGUCUUCCUCCGCCAGUUAGUUCAGGCAGUGUGGACUUGGGAGCUAUCAAACCAGUCAGUUCCGGCUCAGUGAGCAUUGCCGACGCAGUUGCGAAAGCUCGGGGUUUCGCGGCCGAAAAAGGUCUUUCAUAUGAUCCUAGCAGACCUCCCAUCAAUUCCGAUCCUCGUGCCAGUGGCCGAGGCUACCGACGCUCGCGGUCGCCCUCACGCUCUCCACAUCGCUCAAGCAGAGACGGCCUGCGGGAUUCAUACAACCCAUAUCGCGAUGAAAGGCGUAGCCAUGACGCGGGUUACAACAGGGAUCGUUCGUUCUCACCGAGGGGUGGACGUUACUCUCCGCCCAGGUACCGUGACGACCGUUCCCAAGGGGGCGAUCGAGGGGCCGAAGGGGAUUCUGAAGUUCUUCCCUUGGAUAAGAGUGUUGUCGGCCUGAUCAUCGGUCGUGCUGGUGAGAACCUCCGACGUGUUGAGAAUACAACUGGCGCUCGUGUGCAAUUCUUGGAUGGGCCCGAAGUAGCAGGUACUCAGAGACAUUGCAGAAUCUCGGGAAGUCGGUCUUCACGCGCCGCGGCCAAGGCGGAGAUCUUCAAGGUCAUCGAGGACCAUGAACUGGCCAAGAGAGGACAAGACAAACCCCGCGAGGUACGCAGCCAGAGCAAGUCAACCGUCGUCACUACCACGGAAGGCGACAGUUUGCAGAUGAUGGUUCCUGACCGCACCGUUGGCCUGAUCAUCGGCAGGGGUGGCGAGACGAUUCGAGAUCUACAGGACCGGAGUGGCUGUCACAUCAAUAUCGUGGGGGAGAACAAGAGUGUCAACGGGAUGCGACCGGUGAAUUUGAUCGGCAGUCAGUCCGCUCAGCAGUAUGCCAGAGAUCUCAUUCUCGAAAUUGUGGAGAGCGAUCAGAAGGGCAUCAGCAUCAAAGAUCUUCAUCGUGAACGGGAAGAGCCUCAGGGGAAGCUGAACGAUAGCAUUGUUGUGCCUGGUGAGGCCGUGGGCAUGAUCAUUGGCAAAAAGGGUGAGUCCAUUCGCGAUAUGCAGAAUCAAACAGGAUGCAAGAUAAAUGUCUCGCCGGACAAUGGCCGGGGCGUUGAACGUGAGAUUGGUCUGGUCGGCACUCGGCAGGCGGUCGAGGCUGCCAAACGUGCUAUCAUGGAAAAGGUUGAUGCGGUGCGUGCUCGCAUACAGGGUCGUGAAGGUCGCGACGGUCGCGACGACUACGCAGAUCGAUACUCGACACAGCCCGCUACCUAUCCUCCCACUGGUGUUCCCGCAGGACCGCCGGCUAGCUAUCCUCCCGUUGGUAUGCCAGCAGGACCACCGGCCCAACCCCCUCCGGCAGGCGCGCCACCCCCGGUAGCCGGUGCAGCAGAUCCUUAUGCUGCCUACGGUGGAUACCAAAACUAUCUUCAGAUGUGGUACUCGGCACUGGCUGCAAACCAACAGCAAGGUGGUCCAGGCCAAGGUGAGCAACGAUAAGGUACCACGAGUGGAUUGUGAUCUGGCUUCGUGACCGUGGAUUGUGCGCCUCUACUGGGUGAACUCGACUAUCUCGACGCUUGACUCGCAUUGUCGAUGCUAUACUGGAUCGUUCAACGUCCGUCACUACCGCCUUGCCCGCCGUGAUUGUUAUGAGUCCAACUCGAGUCUUGGACACCUUCUUUCGCCUCCGAGAUCCUUGACCGAUAAGCGAGGAUCGAUUGGUGUGAUCUUACCCGUCCUGCUGAUAUCUGUCGCGUGCCUUCGACCACCGCAAACUAUGCAAUCGCUGAUUAGAAUCAUCGCGCCACGCCGGCCACGUGCAACCUGUGUUGCAAGUCUCGCCGCCACCGGUCGAGUUCGAACUCUUGCUCUUGGGUUUCUUUCGAGAUCCUACAUGUGUCGCAACUGUUGCAUGCGUUCACCGUCUGCAGGCAUGCGUUAUGAGAAUAUUGGCUUUGACACGUCACCGCUCUUCUGCAGAGGACCGGUUUGCCGCACCCCAUAGACAUAUGAUGGUAAUUGAGCGCUGUUUCGGUAAACCAAGUAACAGCGCACGACGUUUGCAGGAUAGCCGCGUGAAUUUACUACCGUUGGUAUGCCACCAUCAGUAAGAGUCGAACAAGUAGGACGCAUAGUGGUGUACAAUAGUACAACUUGAAUGUACUGUAGUUGUACCUUGAAUAACUCAUCCAGCCUGUAGCACGUUAGACUAGAAAUAGUUAGCGUUAGCUUCCAAAACAGGGAUGAAAACAAGGAAUGAGAUCAUUCCCAGCCAA